GCGGCGCGUAUAUAAGCGAUAAACAGCUGAGUGCAAUCGUUCAGUUUCUUGAGAAGCCGGCAAUCGUCGAAAUAUUCCCAAUUGUAUUAUAAAUAUUUAUAAAUAUCCUUAAGCAGAAAGCAAUGGCAGUACCAAACGUUAAGUUCAACAACGGCAAGGAAGUCCCAAUCAUUGGACUGGGAACCUGGGGCAGCCCCAAGGGUCAAGUCACCGAGGCUGUAAAAGUGGCCAUUGAUGCCGGAUACAGGCACAUUGACUGUGCCUAUGUGUACCAAAACGAGGAUGAGGUCGGAGAUGGUGUUGCGGCCAAGAUCAAGGAGGGCGUUGUCAAGCGUGAGGAUCUGUUCAUCACCAGCAAGCUGUGGAACACUUUCCAUCGCCCGGAUCUUGUCAAGUCGGCCGUGGAGAACACAUUGAGUUCUCUGAAGCUGAAGUACCUCGAUCUGUAUCUUAUUCACUGGCCCAUGGGCUACAAGGAGGGCUGCGAUCUGUUCCCCACCGACAAGGAUGGCAAGACCCUGUACUCUCCCGUUGAUUACGUCGACACGUGGAAGGCCAUGGAGAAGUUGGUGGAAGAGGGUCUGGUCAAGUCCAUUGGUGUUUCAAACUUCAACAGAAGGCAGAUCGAGCGCGUGCUUGAGGUGGCCACUAUUCCACCAGUGACCAACCAGAUUGAGUGCCACCCAUAUCUGACCCAGAAGAAGCUGAUCGAUUUCUGCAAGUCAAAGGAUAUUACAAUCACUGCCUACAGCCCCUUGGGAUCUCCCAACCGCCCAUGGGCCAAGGCUGGUGAUCCGGUCAUCCUAGAGGAGGCUAAGAUCAAGGAGAUUGCCGCUAAGAAGAACAAGACCCCUGGACAGAUCCUUAUCCGAUACCAGGUGCAGCGUGCCAACAUUGUUAUCCCCAAGUCUGUGACCAAGGAUCGUAUCGAGUCCAACUUCCAGGUCUUCGACUUCGAACUGACACCUGAGGAAAUCAAAAUCAUCGAAAGCUUCGAGUGCAACGGCCGCCUGGUUCCCCUACUCAACCAAUAUGGUCACCCCCACCACCCUUUCGAGAAGGACGAAUACUAGUGAACGACACAGUACUCAGUUCAAAUUUAUAAUUUGUUACAUAAUCAUUUUAAAUUUAAUCGUAUAAAUAAACAUCAAUACAAAUUACGUUUUCGGAUAA